AUGUCUGACCCUGCCCGUCGCCGAUAUGUCGACAGCGGGUACCCCUCCUAUGCGAGGCCGCACACCUUCGAUGCCUAUGAUUCUGGCCCGCGAGAGGCUGAAGUGGUGGAGCAACAGCCGUCGCAACAGCCGCUGCGGCGCCGCGGCGCACCUGUUCCAGCUCCACAGUUGCUUCUCUCAGCUCGAUCGACUCCCUUGACGAAGCGGACGACCCCGGCAAAGAGCCCGUACAAGAGUACGUCCUCCACGAUGACGUCCCCCUUGAUAGAGUCGGUUCGCUGCGCUAACUCCUCUGGCAGUAGGGGCACAGAUACCCCGUCACUGCCACAAGAUGACCAGCCAACACAGCUGAACAAGACACAGCGGUCACUGCCCGCAUCCGCGUCGUCGGUGAGUGCCUCCGCGUCUGUGAUGUUGCCCUUACAACAGCAGCUGGUCGCCCGCGAGAGUCGGCAAAACGAGUACCGACACAGUAACUCCACUUUCCCGGGCGGGCAGUCGCCAGCGACACCAAUGACGCUGCACCCUGCGCCGGCAAGGUCGAACGAGGGUUCCGCGAGUGCAGUCCCGCCACCGGUGUCGCGACGCGCACAUCAGCGCUCUAGUCUGAGUACGACCCCGGGGGAGCGACGGAGGCUGGACGGGCACCCACCACGUGUGCCGACGUCGCGUGCGCCUGCGCCUUCCGUGCUCACGGCGACAGGCCAGAUGACCAUCGGCAACAGUCACCCCGCCGCUGUCUCACUUCACUCCGUUAGCCCCAUCCGUGGCCUGGAGGGUCACAAGGGACGUGUUGACCAGGCCAAGAGCUCCGCACCACGCACAGGCAGCAGCACACCUCGCAGUAGCGCCGUGGCAAAUGACGUUCCUCCUGCGCCGCUUCACAGGCGGCAGCAGGCGCAAGCGCUGAGUCCGACCGGCCACUCACCGACGACACGUGGAUCCUCCACGGAUGUGGCAGGGCCCGCCAGAGAAACAGCGGAUAGACGUGUGGUCGCCGCACCGGCACCCAACACGGCUAACACGCAGCUUGUGGCCCAAAAGGAGCUGCGCCGCCAGCGCGAGAUCCGGGGGCAAGGGUACGUUGCGCAGACGGCGUACACCCAGCGAAACCCCUUUCGCCGCCAGGACUUUGCAGAGUUCGCGGGGAACCCGCAGUACCUCCCGCCGCCUGGAUUCCAUGUCUACCCGCAGGCGAUGGCCACGCGGGUCUACGGCCUCGAGGUCAGCCGCGCAAGCCAAGGGGAUUACAUGAUGCAGCGUCUUCUCGACGCGGCGCACCCGUCAACGGCCGAGGAGCGGGCCGAAAUGGAAGUGCUGAUGAGCGCGACCCUCGAGAAACUGCAGCUUGGUGACUGGUUCUACAAGUGGACGCGCAUCAACCACGUACACCAGCGCUACGUCUGGCUGAAUCUGCAGUGCGGCACUCUCAUGUGGUCCUUUUCUUCAAAAAAGAGCGCUGCCCUCAGUUCCGAGGUGAAGCUUUCCACCGUCACGAGCGUAACGCCGGAGUGCCUGCAGCUGGAGACGCCGGCGCGCUUCUUCUACCGCAUGAACAUCAUCACACCAGGCCGCUGCGUCAGCCUCGCGACGGAGAUUCGAAAGAAGUUCGACGUUUGGUACCAUGUGCUGCAGCAUCUGACGGCGCCGAACUUGACGUAUGGCGUGCCCGGCGUCUGGGGACGACCGUCGAGCAGCGUCAACGCGGCUGGGUCGGGUGCGGCGAGCCGGUGGGCAUCCCGCUACAGUCCGCUGGCCGCCAUGGCGGAUAAUACGUCAGGCCCCACUGGCUACAACGAAGCGUAUGCGCACGGUGCCGUCUCCUCCAGUGACUGA